UGGCGGGCUGCCCCUGCUGUUGCUGGGCUGGAAACCCCGUACUGACUCAGAAGGGACCCAAGAUGGCUGAAUACUCACGGGGGGGGCAGUUAGCAGUUAUGUGAGCGAGCCGUCAGGAAUGAAUGACAAAUAGCAGUAUAAUGUAAAGCGUUACCUUUACCUACUUAUACGAAAACAGUUUAUUUUGGUUUGCAUAUUCUUCUUUAGAGAUGCAUGAAUCCCAGUAAGGAGAGAGAGGUCUCUCCGCGGCCCCGAGCCAGAACAUGGCGGAACACUUGGGGAAGAAAUAGCUGCUGCUGCUACCGUUAGCGAGCUGGCGAUUUAUUUUCACACAUUUAGAGACACUUUGGUCCAAAACUAACACGGUAUGUGCGUCCGCGGGUGUGAAAUAAUGUUACCGGUGUUCUAAGAGGGUUAUUUUACCUGAAAUGUGUUGAAUAUUUACGAUGUGGAGCGUAGGUAGUUAGCAGGUUAGGUUAGCCUGCUAAGGUAACAGACAGACGUACAGACUGUACUCAGAGCAGUUUGUCUGCAGCAUCGAGGCUUUCUAUGAGAAAACACCUUUAAACUCUGUGAAAAGACUUUAUAAUGUCACUCAGAGAGAUUUAACACGGGGGCUAGAACCAGACCCCUCCGCAUAGUGGUCUCCAGGAUCAGGAUGUGGAUUUAUAACAGGACUAAGUUUUGAGGCAGCUCAUCAAAAAUCACAGUUUCUAUCCGGGGAUCCUUCUCUAAAUCAGGGGGGUCCUGGCUGACCCCUGAUCAGUACUUCGUUGUAGAAGUGAACAGGUGUACAAGUGAGCUCAAGUUGUCAAGGAGACACCAAAACCUUAGGGGUGGGGGGGUGUCCUCGGGUUCAUCUACCUGCCAGGAUGACGGACACUCGCCGAAGAGUCAAAGUCUACACCCUAAACGAGGACCGACAGUGGGAUGACCGUGGGACCGGGCACGUCUCCUCGGGGUAUGUGGAGAGGUUGAAAGGGACGUCCCUCCUGGUCCGGGCGGAGAGUGAUGGUAAGGAGACCCAAGGACAGGACCAGACCUGGAGACUGUGGACCUGGUUCUGACCUGCAUGUUAUUGACCUAUCAGGGAACAGACAAAGUUUGUACUUUAGAUGAUAUUAGCUGAUGAUAUUUGUGAUAAUUGAGGCCUUAAGUUAAAGGGAUAUUCCGGCAUAAAAUUAAUUCAGGGUCAAACACAUCAUAACUCAGAGUUAGACCCCCCCUCCAGAGAUGAAUGUUGUCGACCGCUUGCUUCUCUAGUUAUACCAACUUUAGUAACGACCGCAGGAUAGAAAUACAGAGAGAGGUCUGAGGAGCCAUAAACAAACCUCAACCAAAACGCCACUCUAUAACCACAAAUAAUGCUCAGAACAGCCCCUAACUCACCUAUUCUCUACCAGCAGCUGCUUGUUUGUAGUGAGACUUCAGGCCAGUCCGUUACGGACUACAGCAGGGUGUCGCAGCUCAAGGAAGAACAUUUAUGAUCAUUUCUUUAUCAUGUCCUUGAAGUAAUAAUCAUCAUAUUAAUCAUUUUACAGACGCGGUAGUUCUUCUGCCUUAGCGUCUCGGUCUGAUUGUAUUUCCAUGAAGAAAUGAUCAAAAAUGUUCUUCCUUGAGCUGCGGCACCCCGCUGUAGUCAGUGAACUCGCUACAAAUAAGCGGCUGCUGGAAGAGAGAAGUAGAGUUGUGUUUAGUCUUGUCUGUAGCAAGACCUCAGGCCAGUUCAUUACGGACUACAGUGGGGUGCUGUUGUACUGCUUGGCGGAUCUGUCCUGUUGAUGAAGUUAGGUGCUGUUCUGAGCAUUAUUUGUGGCUAUAGAGUGGCGUUUUGGUUGAGGGCGUGGCUCUCUGUAUUGCUAUCCUUUAUCCGUUACUAAAGUUGGUAUGACUAAAGAAGCAAGCGGUCGACAACAUUCAUCUCUGGAGGGGGGGUCUAACUUGGUGUUACGGUGUGUUUGACCUUGACUUAUUUUUAUGCCGUAAUAUCCCUUUAAAAGGCAUACGGAAUAUGGGUGCAGCAUAAAACAAUAUUAAUAAAGUUCCUCUUAUCUCUGAUUUCUAACCGACAGGUUCCCUACUGCUGGAGUCCAAAAUCAAUCCAAACACAGCCUACCAGAAACAGCAGGUCUGUAUGUAACAUGGAGCAGGAUAAAUAUGUAAAGUGUGGAUUUUCUUCUCUCCUGUUGCUGAUCGGACUCUGGUUUUGUUUCCUUCUCUCUGAUAGGACACGUUGAUAGUCUGGUCUGAAGCUGAAAACUAUGAUCUGGCUCUCAGCUUCCAGGAGAAGGCGGGCUGUGAUGAAAUCUGGGAGAAGAUAUGCCAGGUGAGUGCGCUUGUGUUUGUGUGGGUGUUGGUCUGCUCUGACUGUGUUUGUCUGUAAACGGAUGUGGGUCUCUCUGCUCCUCAUGUCCCCUGUUACUCCUAAAAACACACCUUUUUUAAAGCUGUAAACUGUUCUUUUAUUCUUUUACAUUCUUGGUCUUAUUUCUCCAAAUUUUCUGUGUUUAAAAUUGUGGGGUUUUUUUGUAAAGCGUCUGUGAGCACCUGUAAAAGCGUGUUUCAAAUAAACUUUAUGAUUAUUCUUAUUUUUAUUACAGGUGCAGGGAAAGGACCCAUCUGUGGACAUCACCCAGGAAGUGGUGGAGGAGUCUGAGGACGAGCGCUUCGACGACAUGUCCUCCCCCGGUCUGGAAUUACCGCCAUGUGAACUGAACCGCCUGGAGGAUCUGGCCGAGCUGGUGGCCUCCUCCCUCCCGUCACCGUUGCGGCGUGAGAAACUGGCGCUGGCGGUGGAGAACGAGGGUUACAUCCGUAAGCUCCUGGAGCUGUUUCGUGUCUGCGAGGACUUGGAGAACAGAGACGGACUGCACCACCUGUAUGAAAUCAUUAAAGGCAUCUUCCUCCUGAACCGCACCGCGCUCUUCGAGGUCAUGUUCUCUGACGAGUGUAUUAUGGACGUCAUUGGUUGUCUGGAGUUCGACCCAGCGCUCCCACAGCCGCGGCGGCAUCGGGAGUUUUUAACUAAGACCGCCCGCUUUAAGGAGGUGAUUCCCAUCUCUGAUCCCGAACUGCGUCAAAAAAUACACCAGACGUACCGGGUGCAGUAUAUUCAGGACAUGGUGCUGCCCACGCCCUCCGUCUUUGAGGAAAACAUGCUGUCCACCCUGCACUCCUUCAUCUUCUUUAACAAGGUGGAGAUUGUGGGCAUGCUACAGGUGAGUCAGGAGGACGGGGUUAAAGAGGCGUGCUGCACGGUUUCUUCUCAGCGUUUUGCUCGUUGGAAAAGUCUAAAGUCUGAAUCUGAAAAGAGUGAUUUUGUAAAGACAACCCUAGAAUCAGACGCAGGAGAGUCGCCCUAAAAUGGUGUUUAUGCAGCGAGUCUGAAAACUAUAGUUAAUGUGGGAGUGUACAAAGGUUUCAUUUUUGGCUGAUUGUGCUUUCCCAGUCUGAGUUUGUCUUUUAUGGUCAUGUGAUCUUUGUGUUUUUGUACUGUGUCAACUCAGCAGUGUUUAUGUAUGGCUGUCUCCAUGGCGACAGAGGAGUGUUGUGUAAAUCAGUUGUGCUGUGCUGGGUGAGCGCUGAACAGGAUUGUUUUUGACUCUGUUGUCGUGUCGUGUGUGAAACUCUGAAGUCAAACUCUGCCAACCUUAAAGUAGAAACAGACAAACCAGAUCAGCUCUUUAAAUCACUGACUCCAGUACCUGAUCUAGACUGAAAUACAGAUAAACUGGACUGGUUUGUGUUUGAAACUGAACCAGUAGGUAGAAAGACAGAACGUAGAAAUAUCUGCUUAGAUUCAGUCGUUUUUGAAGGAUGUAAGUUCUCUAUGUGUGUGUUACGUUUAUCUUCCAUGAGGCUCUUGAAGGUCGAGGUUUAUUCCUCUGGACUCUGAUUUGUUAAAGUUCUGACCCGGUCUUGUGUCCCUUUGUGAUCAGGACGAUGAGAAAUUCCUGACAGACCUCUUUGCACAGCUAACAGACGAGGCCACAGACGACGACAAAAGACAUGAGCUGGUAUGUCAGUCGUUGAGUAAAAACCACAUCUUUAAUCACAUCUCUUCUCCUCCUGGUCCUCGAUGUGACGGCGCUGAUUUUUUUCUUCUUCCAGGUGAACUUCCUGAAAGAAUUCUGUGCUUUCUCACAAACGUUACAACCUCAAAACAGAGACGCCUUCUUCAAGACAUUGUCAAACAUGGGCAUCCUACCGGCGCUAGAGGUCAUACUGGUGAGUUCAGAGCUGAAAUGGUGACCGACUUCUGCGUCUGUUUGGGAGCGUCUGUCAGAGUGAAAAUGAUCUUUGGGAUGGAACAUUCGCUUGUAAUGCCACCGUGUUACAGUGUCAGUAUAGUGUAGAUAAACAUGCUAACAUAUAAGAGUCUACAUGUCUCUGCGAUAGAAGUGGUGUCAUAGAUGUCACCUGCUGUAAACCUGUAAGACAGAUGACGCUGCGUUUGCUGCCUCAGUGUCUAACCUUCUCCUCACUUUUGAAGUUCGGAGUAAAAGUAAUAAUAAUAAUAAAUAUAUUUUAUUUGUAGUGUCAUUUACAUCCAGAGACGUCAAAGGGUUACACGUUAAAAUUGAAAAAACUCGAUUGUGAGUCUUUAAAUCUGCGUCGAUUACUGAAUGUUGAAUAAAUCCACCUCCUCUAAAAGUGAACCAACAGGACAAACCUCUGUGAAAACUGGAGUCACCUCCAUGCUGACAGAUGACAGAGACAAACAUAGAAAACACAUACAUAGAUUCAACACAUUAUCAUCAUAAACUUAAGGGUAUAAAAAUGCUCUGAUUAACAUAAUUCACACUUUCUCUGUCAUGUGGACUCCCUUUUGACUUUAUUUUAAUAAAACUGUUUAAUGAAAGUUAAAAAAUCCAGAGUAAGCAACAUUUCUUCUGUUUUCUUGAGAGACAAAAUUCUGCUCAGUUUGACCAAAAACUCAGAAACCUUCAGAGAGAAACUGAAGGUUUUUCAGACAGAGACACGAUCCGGUUUGAGGAAGUCCUCCUCGGUCCUCCUGUUUCCCAUCAAACCUCCUGAAGUCGCUCGUCUCAUCAAACCUGUUUUCUCUCCGAGUCGUUUAGAUCUGUACGUUCUCAGAUUUUAAUGUCACAGAUUUAAUCACUGUCUGCUUCAUGUAGAUGUGAAUGUUGACGGUGAAACUUAAAUCAGAGUUUAAAAUGUGGACCAACAGUUCCUGCUCUGUGUGUGUUUGCGUGUGUAGAAAGAGGGGCUGAUAGUUAAUCCACUUUUCUUUAACGGAUUAAUUUAAUUCCACUAAAGCAGAUCUGAUGAGCCUUAACAAAAGGACAACUCCACUGUCUGCAGGACUCAGUCUGGGUCACGCAACUUCACAAAAUUAAUCAAUAACACAUCUGAACAACUGAGUGAGGAUCCAGAUGAAGAUUAGAGGUUCACCAUCCCACCAAAGAAAAGGUUCACUCGUGAUAAGAAGUGUUUUAUUUUGACACCGUCACGUCCCGUUUCCUGUCUUCAUUAGAGCGUUUACUCUGUUUUUACGAGAAAAACUGAUGAAAGAGAAAACGACAAACAACCUAACCGACUCACAGUUUCAGUUUAAACCUUUGACUGAGUCUCUUUUUCCCUCUCAUGAUCACAUUAGAUGUAAACGUCAAAGAAAGGAACUGUGAGAGUGUCUGGAUCCAUUUCUGUCGGAUCAUUUUCCGGAUGAGACGUCCUGAUUCUUAAAAAAGAAAACCGACUAACAGCUGAUGUGUUUGUUUAAUCCGAACAGGGGAUGGAUGACGUUCAGGUGCGCGGGGCAGCCACAGAUAUCUUCUCUUAUCUGGUGGAGUAUAACCCCUCCAUGGUACGGGAGUUUGUCAUGCAGGAGUCUCAGCAGAACGAUGACGUGAGGAACUGAACAGAAUCAGAACCAGAACAUGUGAAGUCUGUUUUUAUUUCUGACUCAUGUGUAAUCAAUGACUCUGAUCGUCUCUCCAGGACAUCCUCCUGAUCAACCUGAUCAUCGAACACAUGAUCUGUGACACUGACCCAGAACUGGGAGGAGCCGUGCAGCUGAUGGGUCUGCUGAGGACUCUGGUGGACCCGGAGAACAUGCUGGCUACUGCUAACGUGAGUCCUGAAGAAUGAUGGUGAUUGGUUCAGUCUAGAUCAGUCAGACUGAUCAAUAAAAACACAUCGACGAUCAGGUGAAACCAGGUGAACCACCCUGAAGUUAAAGACAGCAGUGAUGGGAUCUUCUGCGUCACUUUCUCUCUCAGACACAUAAAGAAAAUCAAACUCCGGAUAAUGCGGCUGAUUUUUAGUCUUCAGCUCUGUGUCUCUGUUCAGCGAAGGAAAACUCAAAGUCUUCAUUACGAUAAAAAAACACAUUUUCCUUUUUCUUCUCCAGAAAACUGAAAAGUCAGAGUUCCUGAGCUUCUUCUACAAGCACUGUAUGCACGUCCUCUCUGCUCCUCUGCUGGCCAACACCACCGAGGAGAAACCAAGUAAAGGUGAGAAGACACACCUGCAUGUUAGAGUGAUUUUACUGGAGGACUGUGGCGGUGUGGGAGUCCUGGGUCUGAACCGGUCCUUUCUCCUGCAGAUGAUUUCCAGACGUCUCAGCUGCUGGCCCUGAUUCUGGAGCUGCUGACCUUCUGCGUAGAGCACCACACCUAUCACAUCAAGAACUACAUCAUCAACAAGGACAUUCUCAGGAGGGUUCUGGUGCUCACCGCCUCUCAGCACGCCUUCCUGGCACUAUGUGAGUCCCAAAUAAACCUCUCAGUGUCUUUAAGUCCUGGUCUCUGAUCCCUUAAAACUCAUUCAGGGUCUAAAAUGAACCGGUUCUGAGUCUGAUGUUCUGAUCUUCUGAUGCUCAGGUGCUCUGCGCUUCAUGCGGAGGAUCAUCGGUCUGAAGGACGAAUUCUACAAUCGCUACAUCAUGAGGAACUUCCUGUUCGAGCCCGUCAUCAAGGCCUUCCUCAACAACGGCUCGCGCUACAACCUCAUGAACUCGGCCAUCAUCGAGAUGUUUGAGUACGUCCGUGUGGUGAGUGCUGCCUCUCCUCACCUGAAGAUCACAUGACCACAGUUAUUUUGAAUCGCUCUCAGUCUGCAGCUCUUUUUUGUGUUUGUAUCUCUGAACUGAACCUCCUGACCCUCUUCUCUCUGGAUCCAUACUAACUUUACUGGUUUGUUCUCCCUCUGUUUCUCUGCUCUUCCUCUUUCUCCUCACGUUUCUCCUCCUCUUCUGUUUCUUCUCUAAACUCCACAAACCUUGCGAUCCUCUUUGUUCGCCUUCCUGUCAUUUCUCUCUCUCUCCCUGGGUCUCUACCCUCUUUCUCUCCGCUCCCAUUGCUCCCAGGAGGAUGUGAAGUCUCUCACAGCUCAUAUAGUGGAGAAUUACUGGAAGGCUCUGGAGGAUGUGGACUACGUCCAAACAUUCAAGGGCCUGAAGCUGCGGUACGAGCAGCAGCGAGAAAGGCAGGACAACCCCAAACUGGACAGGUGAGAAAAAAAACGUCUUUAAGUCUGUCGGUCGGGAUUUUAGAAACUCAGAGUCAAAGAAAGUGUCAACACGUCGUCUGAUGGAGUUUUUGGAUCAUCUUUGGUCGUGUUUUCUGGUGUCGUCUCUGUCUUUGUUUUAUUGAGUUUAGACCCGUUAUGUUUGUGUCUGGUUAAGUUCACUAACGUCUGAAUAAAGGACAGUUCUGUUCCUCAGGUUAGAAAUGUUUAAAAUGAAUGAAUUUACCGUCCACACGUCCACGACUGACUGAGAGGAACGGUCAAACACAGCGGGAUGCUCCUCACUCUGAACUGUACUUAAAUUGGGGAUAGAAACGACGAUUUUCUUCUUCGUGGAUCACCAAACCUCGUUCUUCUUCUUCUUCUUCUGCAGCAUGCGCUCCAUCCUGAGGAACCACCGCUUCCGUCGUGACGCGCGGACACUGGAGGACGAGGAGGAGAUGUGGUUCAACACGGACGAAGACGACCUCGAGGACGGCGAAGCUGUGGUUCCUCCUUCGGACAAGAUGAAGCCGGAGGAAGACCUCAUGGAGCCGAUCAGCAAGUUCAUGGAGAGGAAGAAAUGUACGUAUGGAGACGCAGGACUUACUUCUUCUAUGAGAUAACUCUAGAAACUGGUGAAAGAGCAGAACUGGAACCAGAUUAGAUCUGAUUUAGUGUUCAGGACUGUGGAAGUCCUCUGAGCUUCAUUUAGCCGGCCCGGUCAGACCGGUUCUGACAGCUGAGGUCUUGAUCUCCUGAUGUUUUAGAUGUUUUAAAGACGGUGGAGCUCCAGUCACCAAAGGCGUUUCAGAGACUGAACAUGAAUGUGUGGAUGAAUGUUCUGGUUUGAUUGUUGUGGGUUUAUUUACAAGAACAAACGUGUUUAAAAAGUCGUUAAAUUCUCAGUUUGAUCCAUCGAUAGUUUUCAUGAUCAUCAGGUCAGUUAAACUCUUAGAGGAGGUCCCAGCAGCUCCGUGUCCCCCCUAACUAACCCUCUAAUCCGUCCUCCUGACUCUGUCUCCCUUCAGUGAAAGACACGGAUGACAAAGAGGUUCUGGGGAAGUCCAGUUUAUCAGGCAGACAGAACCCCAGCUUUAAGCUGGCCUUCUCCGGCUCCACUAAAACCAGCCUGUCCAGUCCUCCUUCGUCUGCCUCAUUGAACCCGGGCUCUCCAGGAUCACCAGGUUCUCCAGGCUCAGGGGCGCGGAGUUCCCCCUCCACCGCAGCGGUAACCACAAAGGUACGAGUCAGUCACAUGGUCUGUUUUUCAAUCAGCUGAGGGUUUCGUUAAACUUUCUUCACACUAAGUCUGUUUCAAACUCCACGACUCAGCAGAACUCUCAAUCUUCACACUCGAACCCUCAGAUUUCACACGAGUCCAGACUGUGAGUGAACGCAGCGUGGUCGUCGCCAGCAGACAGAGAGGAGAGAGACGCAGAAUUAAAUCAUUUUAAAACAAAGGCGUUAUGAAAUAUCCACCUGCUCUGUGACGUCAGGGGUUGUCAUGGUAACGCUCCACCUUCUAUCACAGCCGUCAAACCUCGAACCAGAGUCCUUAACAGGUCAAAUCGAAGGGAUCGAGCGUUUUAAGAGAGAUAGUUCUUCACUCUGGGUGUACAUCAGUAUUUAAAGGAGAAACGUCUUUAUUCUACCGUUGAUGUCAGAUGAUGUCCAUGUCAGCUUUAUUUAUAGAGCAGGUUUAAAAACAGACAGUGGUUUACCAAAGUGCGUUACAGUAAAACAGUUAGAAACUAUAAAAACAAUCAAACAACAAUAAAAAUAAAGAUAGCAAAUAAAUAAAAGACCCAAUAAAAGCAGCUAUACUUCCCCAUAAACUAAAGUGAACAGGUGAGACUUCAGAAGUGUUUUAACGAACUGUCAGAGGUAAAACGUUCACGACAGAAAAUCUUCGAUCUCCUCUAGAUUUAAAAAAGGAUCGAGGAACGUCGAAAACCACCUGAUCAGCUGACCUCAGGACUCUGGAGGACUGAACUGUGAGUUUGAUUUUUUUAGGAGGAGCAUGUUUCUAACAGGUGUGUCUCUCAUGUCGUCCUCAGGGAGGAUUAGUGGGUCUGGUGGACUACCCUGACGAUGAUGACGAGGAGGAAGAAGAGGAGGAGGACGGAGAGACUAAAGAGGACCCUCUGCCCCCCUCGAAGAAGUCCAAACUGAGCUCCUAAGGAAGCUGGACUGUCUCGGUGUUUGUUCAGACAGUUUCAGCUCACAGACUCCAGAAUGAUCAAACUUGUAAACAAAUGAAUAAAUGAAUGAAUGAAAGCCGCCGCUCGCCCUCAGCGGGGGGGCGGCGGCGGCUGACAGAGGAGCGGACUGUGAACGGAUACCAAGCCUCCUCAGACACGCCCACUUCAUACAAGUGCCAAUCAGGAAACCAGGAGUGACAGAGCGCGGCGAAAGGUGGAGCAGACGAAGCUCAGCAGCAGACUCCGACGGGACGGGACGGUAACCUAGCAACUGGAGGAACAGACCACAUAAACAAAAACACGCAGACUGAAGAGCGCUCGCGGGCUCGGACCAUAACCCACUGCCCCCCCGCCCCCCCCACUCAGGGAAGGACAUCACAGCGGCCCAACAGGUCGGCCACUUCAGACCCAGAAUCACCACUCACACCUCCCCUCCUCCUCCUCCUGGGAGUUCCUCCUCCUCCUCCUCCUCGUUUAUUUCUUCUUCUCUUCCUCCCUCUCUUCUCUGUCCGUCUGUUUUUUUAAGUUAGUAUUUAGGACCAGACGGGAGGCGGCACGAGGGCGAAGCGCCGUCCUCGCCGUGGUUUGAUGAUGUCAUCCGUGUUGUCGUCGUCGUUCUUUCUCUGAAGAGAAAAAAAAAAAGCCAGCAGUUUCUCCAUGACUUUCUUUUGGUUCUCUACUCGUCUCUCUCUCUCUCUCUCUCUCGAUCUCUCUCUCCAGUUUUUUUUUGUAAAUGACAACAAAAAGAGACCUGCCUUUAAAUGUUCAGGAUGUGGUUUUUCAGCCACACCUGAACAGGUUUUUAAAGACCUCAGUAGGUGAGCUAGUUUUACCCUUUUUGCCCUUUGAAACUGCAGAUUUUUUGGAGACUUUGUAAUCCCGUCUUGAUUAAAGAUUGAGUGGAAUUCUAGAUGUGAUGAAUUUUGUCAUAUCUUCUUCUCAUUUUUUUUCCUUUUACAUGAGUGUACACUUAGUUGUUCAGAAUAUUUGGGACCAUUAAAAUGAUCUUUGCUGUAAGACGUCCUA